AUGAGAUGGCCACACCGGGGAGGGCCAUGGCCAUGCCACUGUCUCCGCCUCCUCCUCCUCUUCUUCCUCGGCGGCCUUGUGCAGGCACGUGCCGAGAGGCCUCAGGAGUGGCGGAAGCAGCGCAGCUCUGCCUGGGCCUUGCACCUGGAGGACGGCGCCAAUGCAUCCGAUUCGGCUCAGGAUGGCGCCAAGGGCUCUGAGUCGGCCAAGGAUGAGGCCUUUACGUAUGCGGACACGGCCGGUCAGAUCGCGAAGCUCAAGCAGGAAACCAAACAGUACGAAGAUCAAGUCAAGGGCCCGGUCGUGGACACGGCCGACAUGUGGCUUCAGGAGAACACGCGCCACGAGGAGUUUGUGAAGGAGCUGAGUCGCGGAAUGGACAUUGAGAAGCAAUUGGUUCACAAAUUGCGCACGGAGGCAAAGAAGAAGGCAGAGGAGAAAAUGAAGGAGGCGCAGGCAGAAGCGGAGGCGGAGUCGAACUCCACCGGGGCGAAUUCCACUAUGGAGGCGAACUCCAAGGAGGCAAGUUCCAAGGACACGGAGACAAACUCCGAAAAGGCAAGUUCCACGCAGGCGAGCUCCACAAAAGCUUCGUCGUCAGGCGCCGAGAAAGGUCAAAGCAACGCGACAUCGAGUUCAAAGUGA